AUGAAAAAUGCUACUAAGCAAUAUGAUCUAGGUCUAAUUACUUUAUGGCAAUUUUUACAAUGCUGUUCUUAUUUAAGUGCUGCUUACGAAGAGAGACAAAGGCUCUGGGCUCUUCGAAAUAAUGAAAGUGACGAUGAAAUUCCUAACAUAGAUCUUGAUGAUGAGAAACUAGUACUGGCGCCAAUAGAAAAUAUUCUACCGUUGGGAGUUGCCAAUAAUGAACCAGCACCAGUGUUUAGUGUGCAUGACAGCGACGACCAUCAACAGUUCAGAACAGUUUAUUAUUUUACCAUGUGGCAUGGUUGUGUGUGUGGUUAG